AAUUUUUGAAAUAAUUUAGUCAAUUUUCCGAAAAUUUUUAUAUCAUCCAAUAACAAAGUAAAUCGCUUAUUUAAGACAAAAUGCCAUCAGAUGCUAAGAAACGUGAAGCCCAACGCAAAAAAGAGGCACGUAAUAAGAAAAUCGCCCAGAUUUCAUCAUCGAAAAAAGCGAUGGCAAAUGGUUCCACUUCCAGCGCAGCAGUCAACGGUAAUGCCAACGAACCAACACGCGAAAUGACUGAAGAGGAAAAAUUGUGCGCCAAAUUAGAGGAAGAAGCACGCAUUUCAGCUGAAGCACGUUCUUGCACUGGCUCGCUGGCGGUGCAUCCACGGUCGCGAGAUGUGAAAAUUGCGAAUUUUUCCAUAACAUUUUUCGGUUCUGAACUAUUGCAAGAUACUAUGUUAGAAUUGAAUUGUGGUCGCCGUUAUGGUUUGAUAGGUCUUAAUGGUUGUGGUAAGUCUUCGCUGUUAGCAGUGUUGGGUAACCGGGAGGUACCUAUACCCGAACACAUUGAUAUUUUUCAUUUGACUCGCGAAAUACCUGCCAGCUCGAAAACAGCUUUACAAUGCGUUAUGGAAGUAGAUGAGGAACGCAUUAAAUUGGAAAAACUAGCCGAAGAACUAGCAAUGAGUGAAGAUGAUGAUGCCCAGGAGCAAUUGCUUGAUAUUUAUGAACGUUUAGACGAUAUGGCAGCCGAUCAGGCAGAAGCUAAAGCGGCUCGUAUCCUUCAUGGUCUGGGAUUCGAUAAAAGUAUGCAACAGAAGCAAGCUAAAGAUUUUUCGGGAGGCUGGCGUAUGCGCAUUGCUUUAGCUCGAGCUUUAUUUGUUAAGCCACACUUGUUGUUGCUCGACGAACCGACCAAUCACUUAGAUUUAGAUGCUUGUGUAUGGCUAGAAGAGGAGCUAAAGACAUAUAAACGUAUUUUAGUGCUGAUCUCGCAUUCGCAGGACUUCCUCAAUGGUGUCUGCACAAACAUUAUACACAUGACCAAGAAGCGCCUCAAAUACUAUACCGGUAAUUAUGAAGCAUUCGUACGUACCCAUAUGGAAUUGUUGGAAAAUCAGAUGAAACAAUAUAACUGGGAACAAGAUCAAAUAGCUCAUAUGAAAAACUAUAUAGCCCGCUUUGGACAUGGUUCGGCUAAAUUAGCUAGGCAAGCUCAGUCAAAGGAAAAGACAUUAGCCAAAAUGGUGGCUCAAGGUCUGACAGAAAAAGUAUCGGAUGACAAAACACUCAAUUUCUACUUUCCUUCAUGCGGCAAAAUUCCGCCCCCAGUAAUUAUGGUGCAAAACGUUAGUUUUCGUUACAGUGAUACGACUCCCUGGAUUUAUAAGAAUUUGGAAUUUGGCAUUGAUCUUGAUACGCGUCUGGCAUUGGUAGGUCCCAACGGUGCUGGUAAGUCCACUUUGCUUAAGUUACUAUACGGUGACUUGGUGCCGACCUCUGGUAUGAUACGUAAAAAUUCGCAUUUACGUAUCGCACGUUAUCAUCAACAUUUGCACGAGCUCCUUGAUUUAGAUGCCAGUCCUUUAGAAUAUAUGAUGCGUGCCUUUCCCGAUGUGAAAGAGAAAGAAGAGAUGCGAAAAAUUAUAGGACGCUACGGCUUAACAGGACGUCAACAGGUCUGUCCAAUACGUCAACUCUCAGAUGGUCAACGUUGCCGCGUUGUAUUUGCAUGGUUGGCCUGGCAAGUACCACAUUUGUUAUUGUUAGAUGAACCUACUAAUCACUUGGAUAUGGAAACCAUUGAUGCCUUGGCUGAUGCUAUAAAUGAUUUUGAUGGCGGCAUGGUAUUAGUUUCUCACGAUUUUCGCUUAAUUAAUCAGGUGGCCGAAGAAAUUUGGGUUUGUGAGAAUGAAACUGUAACCAAAUGGAAUGGCAAUAUUUUAGAUUACAAAGAUCACUUAAAGAGCAAAAUCACUAACGAUAAUGCCCAGAAAAAGAAGUAAACAAUUACUCUACACGAUUCACCUCAACAAUAGUCCAUGAUAACACAAAGAAGAAAACAAAAAUCGAUUUGCAGAAGAGCUCAAAUUUUCCAUAACGGAAAUAGUUUUUGUUUUAAAUGCAUGUCAAAAAUUGCCUGAAUGAAUGUAUGUUUAAUUGAUUGAGUGAUGAUUGGUAUUUUGAUAUAACAACGUCAAUACUAUCCAUAGCUAGCGAAAAUACAAUUUAUUUAGUGAAACUUAAAUAUAUAAACUGAGAAAAAAUCUUAACAUAUUCAAAAG